AUGGUUAACGACUCUUGGGCAUUACUUUUGGAUUUUGGAUGUACCUUUUCGUCGACACUGCUUAGAGCGGUGAGAGAACUGGGAGUCCGGUGUGAACUGGAAAGCUUGGAAAAAUUUAAAGGCCUGGACCCAAAGAACCUGCCAGUAGGAGUGCUGCUCUGCGGAGGAAACGAGAGCGUGUUCGACGACGACGUGCUGACUGUGGACAAGAACCUGCUGGAGUCGUUCCACAAGCACGGAGUGCCAGUGCUCUGCCUGUCGUUCGGAAUGAUGUCAGUGGCUAAGUCACUGGGAGCAAAGCUGCGAAAGACAAACGAAAACGAGUACGUGGUGACGAAGUGCUCGCUCCACGAGAACGCACUCUUCGACGGAGUGCCGAACUCACUGAAGGUGUACCUGAACACACUGGACUCACUGGAGUCGCUCCCGUCAGGAUUCGAAGUGAUAGCGAAGCACUCAGACUCGACAGUGGGUCUGUACAACUCGGAGUACAACAUGUACAUGCUCUACUUCCACCCGGAGGCAACGGACACUGAGAAGGGAGAGAAGAUCCUGCACAACUUUCUCUACAAGGUGUGCAGGGCGAACAAGUCGUGGACGAUGAAGAAUUACCUGGAAGAGGAACUGAAAAAAAUUAAGAAGCAGUGCGGAGAGGACAAGUUCGUGGUUGCAGGACUGUCUGGAGGAGUGGACAGCACAGUGUGCGCAAAGAUGGUGCACUCUGUGAUAGGAGACAGGUUCCACGGAAUCAUGAUUGACACGGGGCUCAUGAGGUACAACGAGAUCGCCGACUGCUCGAAGAGAGUGAAGAAGGAGGUCCCAGGAAUAAAGCUGACAGUGAGGAACUCGGAAAAGGUCUUCCUGGCGGAGCUGAAGGGAGUGGAGGACCCGGAGGAAAAGCGCAAGAUCAUAGGAAGAGUGUACAUAGAGGAGUUCGACAAAGCGAUCAAGGACCUCGGAUUCAACGAAAAAAACUGCCUGCUGCUCCAAGGAACGAUAUACCCGGACAUAAUAGAGAGCGAGUUGAACAGAAGGACGAAGAAGCCCGUAAAGUCGCACCACAACGUAGGAGGCCUGCCGGAAAAACUGCAGUAUGAGCUGAUAGAACCAGUGCGUUACCUGUUCAAGCAGGAAGUUAGAGAGUUGGGGCGCCUGUUGAACCUGUCGGAGGAUACAUUCUCAAGGGAGCCCUUCCCAGGACCAGGUCUGGGAAUAAGAGUCAUGGCAAGUCUGACGGCAGAAAACCUGCACGUCGUCAGGAUGGCGGACAAAAUCGUGCGCGAGGAGGCGGCCAAGAGCAAGGAGAAGGUCAGCCAGGCACUGUGCGUGUACCUGCCGACAGUGAGGAGCACGGGGCUCGUUAAGGGCCAGAGAGUGCUGGGAGGCACCAUAGUGAUCAGGUGCGUGACGACGCCGGACUUCUGCACGGCGAAGUGGACGCACCUGGAGCACGACAUUCUGGAAAAAAUGUCAUUCAGAAUAACGACUGAAGUGGAGGGAAUCAACAGAGUGUGCUACGACAUCACCGACAAGGAGCCUUCGACAAUAGAGUGGCACAGAGUCAGAAAAGGAUGUAAACAUGAAAUUAACGUAGAAAAGGUAGAGACCAAUUAA